CAGGAAAAUUCUGAUCAGUCUGAGUCCCAGAGCAUCUGCCACAUUUACCACUCUUCUGGGAAAGAAGCCCUUAUAACUCAGUGCUACUGUUCUGGCUUGGCAAAACAUGCUCAUGCAGCAUGUCUUUUGACAUGGUUUAAAAAAGAAGUGAAGAUUACUUUUGAAUUGUGCUGGCUUAAAAUUGGUAUCAAGAAAAAGGGGAAACCUUUUGCUGAGAUCUGGUUCACUGUAUUUGUUGUUGGACUUUUCCUUAAUUUGUUCUCCAUCUCUGUGAGUGCUGCUGAACUUUGCACUUCAGCAGCUUGUGUGAUAAUUUUCAAGGUGGUGAAUGGAUUUGGAAUCAUUCUUGAUGCUGCAAUUCUUUACUGCUGGUGGACAAAAUGUCUGUUUUAUCGGCAGAAGUGGUUCACACUUAACCAGGAGCGGCUUAUUGUAGUUGGCAUUAAGAAGCAGUGGAUGAACUUUACAAAUUCCCCAUAUAGUUUGAAUUGUGGUCCUAUUCACCGAAAAGUUGUUUUGCGAACAACCACCUGGCUAACUCCUCAAGUCUUCUGACUUUGUUUAAUUAGAAGUUGAUCAGGUUCAGUGGAUAGAAUCACUUGAUAACCUUUUGUAGUAUAUCAGCUCAAUGACUUAUGAGACCUUAACAAAAUUCCCUGAGAUGUUGGCAAGAAGACCCAAGAUGUUGGCAAACUGGUCAUUAGGAAACCAAAUUGUAGGUGAAACCUUCAGUUACACAUAGUUCCAGAAAUUAUUGAGAUCAGAGUGUCAAAGUGAAACUGCAGCUAUUUGAUAGCAAUGAAUAUACAAGCUC